AUGGUCCUGUCUCCCUCUGCCAUCCGUCUUUUGAUUGUGCUCUUCGUCGCCUUGGGCUCUUUGACCUACGGGUACAGCGCCAGCAUCAUCGCGACCACCCUGGGACAACCCUCGUUCAUCGCCUACUUCGAACUCGACACUCGAUCGAAUGCCACUCAGUUGACAGGCGCCAUCAAUGGCCUGUUCCAGACCGGCGGCCUAUUCGGCACCCUCUCCUGCACCAAGCUCCCGGACUGGCUGGGUCGGAGGAAGGCACUGCUGCUGAAUGCCGUCAUCACUGUCAUUGGAGGCGCCCUCCAAGCCGGGAGCGUCGACAUCGGCAUGUACAUUGCCAUGAGAUUCGUCACUGGCUGGGGAAUAGGUGGACUCGUCACGCUCGUCCCUCUUUACCAGUCCGAAAUCGCACCUCCUCGAAUUCGGGGAUGGCUCGUGGGCAUGCACGGCGUCUUGAUCUGCGUGGGUUAUGCCGCGGCGAGCUGGAUCGGCCUGGGUUUCUACUUUGUCAACGCCAGCGGCGCACAAUGGCGACUGCCCCUGGCCAUCCAGUGCUUUCCCCCCUUGUUCCUGGCCCUCGGAGUCUUGUUCUUGCCCGAAUCGCCUCGCUGGCUCGUCGACCGUGACCGUGUCGACGAGGCGUACAGGUCGUUCAAGGCGGUCCGAGCGGAGAGGACCGACGACAUCAUCAGCGAUGAUCUGGCGAUCCGAGCAGAGUUCAAUCUCCUGCAAGGCCAGAUUCUGCACGAAAGGCUGGAAGUGCUGUCCUUUAUCGACCUCUGGAGAAAGCCUUCUAUGCGAAAGCGGUGCAUCGUGGGCUUCCUCGCCUUGUUUGGCUGUCAGGGAACGGCAACACUUGUCAUUAACAACUAUGGUCCCUCGCUUUAUUCCUCCUUGGGAUUCAAUACCGUCCAACAGCUGCUCAUCCAAAGCGGGUGGAUCACUGUUUGUCCCUUCGGUAACUACAUCAAUGCCUUGAUCGUCGAUAGAGUUGGCCGUACUCGGUUGCUGGUCUUCGGCUUCUCUGGCACCAUCCUCGCCCUCAUCGGCGAAUGCAUCACGGUGUCUAUUUUCCAGCGCACCGGCGACCGGGGUGUCGCGGGCGCCGCCGUCUUCUUCCUCUUCUUGCACAUUACCUUUUUCUCGUGCUGCUGCGACGCAACCUCGUACAUCUACGCCGCCGAGAUCUUCCCCACGCCGGUCAGGGCCAAGGGGCUUGCUGUCUCGAUUUCCGGCCUCUUUAUCGCUACCAUUAUCUUCCUGCAAGCCGCUCCGACCGCUUUCGCCAACAUCGGAUGGAAAUACUACAUUGUUUUCAUCGUCGUCACCUCUCUCAUCACCCUCACGGUGUUGUUCUGGUUCCCGGAGACCAAGGGACUUUCCCUCGAGGACAUUGGCGAGCUCUUUGGCGAUUCGAUCGAACCAACGCAGCUCGACGAGAAGAUGCAGGUGCAAGAGGAGACCAUCGAGGAUCUUGAUGCUGGGACGCAGUCAGAGAAACAUGUACAACAGUCGGUCAGCUCUACGUGA